AUGAAGGACAUUACGGAACCACCAGAUGCUGGAAAUUUUAGAAAUAGCGGCGAAAGAGUCAAUGCUACACUAUUAUCGCUUGUUCGUAAUGAAGAGCUAGACGAUUUAUUAAUGUCCAUGAAAGAGGUUGAAGAAACAUUUAAUAAAAAGUUCAACUACCCUUGGACAUUUGUAAACGACAAACCAUUUUCAAGAAAGUUCAAAGAGAAAACUAGAGAAGCUACUAAGGCACAAAUCAACUAUGAGGUAAUUCCAAAGGAUCAUUGGGUUGAACCUAGCUGGAUCAAUAAAGAUCUGGCCGAGGCAUCUGCUCAAUACCUUAAGCAACAGGGCGUCCAGUACUCGACGAUGGAGUCUUAUCAUAGAAUGUGUAGAUGGAAUUCCGGCAUGUUCGUACAUUUACCAAAGCUUACCGAAUAUAAAUGGUACUGGCGGGUAGAACCCAAAACACAUUAUUUCUGCGACAUUGACUAUGAUGUUUUCAAGUAUAUGGAGGACCAUAACAAGACUUAUGGCUUUGUUAUUAACAUUUAUGAUUCACCAGAGAGUAUCCAGUCACUCUGGCCUGCGACGUUAGAAUUCGUUGUUGACCAUCCUGAAUAUGUGCAUUCUAACAGCGCCAUUGGUUGGCUCACUCAGACCACUAGGCCUGAUCAUAAUAAAAUAGCUGGAUACUCGACCUGUCACUUCUGGAGCAAUUUCGAAAUCGGUGACAUGGACUUUUGGCGGUCGAAACCAUACCAGGAGUAUUUUGACCAUUUAGAUAGGGCUGGUGGAUUUUUCUAUGAACGAUGGGGAGAUGCCCCAGUUCACAGCAUUGGUCUGGGCCUCUUCCUAGAUAAAGACAAGAUACACUGGUUUAAGGAUAUUGGAUACCAACAUAUUCCGUACUUCAAUUGUCCCAACUCAAAGAAAUGCAAAAAGUGCAUUCCUGGUUUGUUCUCCGAUGGAACAAGGUUGUCCCAAGAGAACUGCUUCCCGCAGUGGAUCAAACAUGGUGGAUCUAUUGAAUGGGAUGAAUAA